AUGCCCGACGUCUUGGCGCCGCCCUCGCGACCAACUCGACGAACUCGACAGAACCUGGUCGGCCACACGACCCUAGAUUUCCGAACCCUCUCCAGACUGAGGAAACGAACUCUUCGAUAUCCCCGAACACAAUCCAGCUGCAAAGCCCUCAGCAUGCGGUCCUCCGCCAUCCUCGCGAUCGCGCUCGCGCUCGCUCCUGCUCUCCUCGCGACAGCCGUCGACGCGCAAGGAGUCACCUUCGCCUUCGAUCCCACGUCUGUCAGCCUCGCCGACCGAAACGCAUGGUGCAAGGAGGCCGAGGGCACCUGUUCCACCCUCUGCCAGGCGCACACCAUCCAGAACGACUGCUCGACGGAUACCCUCGCGCAGAGCUGCCAGUGCUCGUACUACGAGACCCCCGACCUUGCGCUCUACACCGGCUCGAUGCAAUCCCUCAAGUGCCAGCGGACCUACAUGGAGUGCUUCAACGACAACAAGCUGGAUGGCGGCAAGCAGGUCGAGUGCCAGAGCGACAUCAUGGACAACUGCCCCUCGUCGGAUCCGGAUGGGUACCAACCACCCGUAAGAGUCACUGCUGCGUCGUCGACCCAGGCGCGCGUCUCGACGACCACGGCCACGGAUAAAGUACCUACCCGCACUGGACAAGCUGGGGAAACCAUCCCGGUCGGCGACUCAACCAGCACGACACUGAGUCCAGUUUCGACGCCGACCUCUGAGGCUCCCAUCUCGCAUCUGCCCUUGCUAACCUCACGAUCUACACCAACGCCUGGCUCGACCGGUGCCCCCCAGCCAUCAACCACCACACCGUCAACCACCACCCCGUCAAGCACGCCCCCACCACCGACCUCGCAACCCUCCGCCUCCCUGACCCACACGAGCCCUCCCGCAGCCGCAUACACGGGACGCGCUCCGAGAACCAUCGCCAGCUCGGUCGGCACCUGGGUCGGUAUAUCAGUAGGCGCCACCGCGGCCUCGCUGCUGGCUCUCUUCCUCGGGCUGCGCUACCGCCGCAAGGCCGCCGAGAAGCAAGCCGCCGCGGACGCGCGCUCGGUGCGGUCCAACCGGGGCUCGAUGAUCAUGCUGCCGGGCAUGGCCACGCACAACGGUCUCAGCUACCAGCGGGCGGACGUCGUCGCGGAGGCGGCGGCGGCGGCGGAGGAGCAGGAGAAGAAGGAGCAGCCGUUGGCCGAGUCGGGCGUUCAGGACGGGUUGGGGCCCGGGGAGUAUGGCUAUCCGCGUACGGCUGAGAUGGGAGAGGGUCGGCCGCCGCUGCGAUCUGCGCUUAACGAAUUGGCGUAG